GCCACAGUAGUCGCACAAUUUCGCGACUACCAACCAGAAAAGUUUUCCGGCCAAGGAGAUCCUCGUAUAGUAGAUGAAUGGAUUCAGGGCCUCGAGAUGAUUUUCGAGGUCAUGGAUUGCCCUGAUCGUUAUCGCAUGUUAUGUGAUCAAAUUCAGCUGACAGGGGAUGCUCGACUCUGGUGGAAUGCUUAUUGGAGUAUGCACCCCGGUGAGAAAGACGGUUGUACGUGGGACCGAUUCAAGGAAAUGAUCCGAGAGAAGUAUUAUCCCUCGUAUUACCGAGCAGACAUGGAGCGCCAGUUCUUGGCACUCGUACAAGGUACUCGUUCUGUUGACGAGUACGGAAGAGAGUUUACCCGUCUCGAAGCCUUUGUGCCUGAUCUUGUAGGUACGGAGGCGAAGAGAGCCCAUCAAUUCACUGACGGACUACGCCCAGCAGUCCGCCACAACAUCGUAGGUCACGGCGUUCAGACCUACGCUCGCACAGUUGCCAUUGCACAAGAAGUCGAUGCCAGUAUCCGACGAGAAGCCGCUCAGACACCAGCCAAGUCAGUUGUUCAGCCAUCAGCCCUGCCCAAAGUUGAUCAACCAUCCACCAAUAAAAAGAGGAAGUUCAGAGGAGGUCCAAAUGAUCGCAAGAACCAUCCCCGACAACAACCGACUCCACCUUGUGCCACUUGUGGAAAGCGCCACCGUGGAGAAUGCCUUGUAGGCCAAAACAUCUGUUUCUUCUGCCGUCAGCCCGGUCAUAUCAGCCCCAACUGUCCUGAACGAUUGCAACAACAACCACAACAACGCCAACCACUGCAACAAACUCAACAACAAGCAAGGCAGCAACCACCACGACCCCAGCAGCAGCCACGCGGCAGACAGCAAGCUCGCUUCUUUGCA